AAGGGAGCCGACCUGACCUAAGAGUUUUCAUGUGGGGUCCUUUAAUUUCUUCUCAUUCGAACAGGGAUGGCUCAGUAGCAGGCAUGGGACCCCAGAACUCCAGCACCAUCGCUGAGCUGGUCCUUGUGGGGUUUUCUGAUCACCCCCAGACUGAGAUUCCCCUCUUCCUCUUCUUCUCCCUGGUCUACCUAGCGAACUGUCUGGGGAACACGGCUGUCGUCACGUCAGUGGCUCUAGACUCCUCUCUGCAGACACCCAUGUAUUUCUUCCUCUGCCACCUGGCUUUCCUCAAUGGACUCUUCAGCACAGUUGUGACUCCAAAGAUGCUCUUCAAUUUUCUUGCAAGCAGGAAGGUCAUCUCUUACCCAUUCUGCCUGGCUCAGACCUACCUCACUCUAUUCUUGGAGUCAACCGAGUGCUUUCUCCUUGCAGUGAUGGCCAUAGAUCGCUACGUGGCCAUCUGCUAUCCGCUGAGGUACCUUCUCAUCAUGAGCUGGGCGGUGUGUACAGCUCUGGCAGUGGCAGUCUGGGUCACAGGCUUUUGUGCCUCAGUUAUACCUCUCUACAUCGUAAUCCUUCCACUCUGCGGUCCUUACGUUGUUGAUUAUCUUUUCUGUGAACUGCCUGUCCUUCUGCACAUGUUCUGUGCAGACACAUCUCUGCAGGAGGCCACGAUGGCCAUCGGAGGGGCUGGCACAGUGCUACUCCCUUUCCUCCUGAUUGUCCUCUCCUACCUUCGCAUCUUGGUGGCUGUGAUAAGAAUAGACUCAGUUGAGGGCAGAAAAAAGGCCUUUUCAACGUGUGCUUCACACUUGGCUGUGGUGACCAUCUAUUAUGGAACAGGGCUGAUCAGGUACUUGAGGCCCAAGUCCCUCUACUCCGCCGAGGGAGACAAGCUGAUCUCUGUGUUCUAUGCGGUCAUCGGUCCAGCACUGAACCCGUUCAUCUACAGUCUACGGAACAAGGAAGUGCAGAGUGCCAUGAGGCGAGUGAUUGAGAGGUACAAAAAAGGCACAAGAAUCACAUUCUAGAACCCUCAGGAGCUGAGCAUUGUAUUCAUUUGCCUAAGAGGUUCAUGCCCACAUUCUGUGAGACUAAACCUCACCAGUAGCAAUUUCCGCUUGCCAGAACUGCUGAUGAAGAGACUCAUAUUUUGACAGAUACCCUCCCCCCAAACUUUUUGUUUCAUAUUUGUCACUUCUAUGGGAAAAUAUUGAUGUGCAUUAAUAAGGAGUCAACAUGUCAUCUGUCAGCUCAAUCAAAUAUGGAUAAGAUCUAAGAAUAUACAUGAGCACAUGAACUUCAUGUCAACAAUGUUGUCACUGACCGCUCUAUUCUAUAGUUCUCUCUCUCUC